GUCCGCUCAUUUUCCCACUGCAACGACGCUGAACUCGACGCAUACCUCGCUGAACGCUCGAUCUCCCAAGACUUUCUUCGGGAGAUUGAUCUAUUUCUUCGAGGUCACCCAGAGAUCGCGUCAUGCGCUCAAGGUCGUAGCACCCUCCGUCAACUGAGUACGCUUCCGCCGCUUGAAGCAUACAAAUACUUCCUGAGAGGCUAUACCCGACCAGCUAGGUACAUUGACGGUAUCAUCAGGACUGAGUAUUUCCAGCUACCCAUGGACCAUCGAUAUUGCCCCUUGCAAAAGAAGUAUGACCAAGAGCUAGUCGACUUCUUUGAUGGUUUCGAGUACCGUCACGACAUCAUUGACCAGAUUGAUCAGGUGGUAAGCAUGAAUAUUCAAAAGCUCGCUAUGGGCCGGCCUGUUCCCAUCGCCUUGCGAAAGCUCGUCUGUUACGCUGUCUGGGGCAACCCAGUCGAUGCGUACAAAUGGUUCGAAUAUUCAUACCAGCAGGAGUACAUGCCGCAUCGAUAUCUCCCGGAACACGUUGUACUUGGACAUGUUCCCAAGCCUAGAGAUUACGCGGAGCCUCGACCUUCGUGCGUUGGUGGCUGGAAGAGGCACGGAGUGGUUCGGUACCGUAUGGCUCGUGCUAAAGAUCAGGGUGUUGGUAGGUGUCGCGAAGUUCCUGCUUGA